CCUCCUCCUCCUCCUCCUCCUCCAGUGAGCCUGCAGAGCCUCAGCUUCUCAUGAAUAAUCAGGACUUUCUAACAUCCUCCCCUUCCAGCAGGCGGUGGGGUUUCAGUCAGGGGGGAGACCGACAGGUGGACCGUCCGUGAGCCCCGUCUCUAAUCUGGGAAAAAGGGACUUUUAGCGUCUUCCUCGGCCCUGGGAGGACCAUGGCUCUCUCCAGGAUUUAUCGGGAGUCUUUGCUGGUGCUUUUACUGCAAAUGGUGCUGAUCUGCUCCGCUCAGAGGGGCCCAGUCGGUCCCAGAGGCCCCGCGGGGUCACCAGGAGCAGCCGGCGUACCCGGAGUGGAUGGCAUCGAUGGCGACAGAGGAGAGGACUCCACGGUGAACGGCGGACCAGGUCCUGAUGGAGAUAACGGCAAAGACGGAGCUCCUGGAGCUGCAGGACUUCCAGGCGCAGAUGGACCUGUUGGACCUCCUGGGGAUCCAGGCCCAGUGGGCCCACUGGGGGCAAAAGGGGAUCCUGGUCCACGUGGGCCUCCUGGGGAGCCUGGUGUGGGACCUGAUGGGCUUGACGGAAUUCCUGGUACAGAUGGGCUACCGGGUGAACUGGGAAAAGUUGGACCCCCUGGAGCGAGAGGCAAGAGGGGUCAAGUUGGUCUUCCUGGUCCUGCUGGGCCUCCGGGACCUCCAGGGGUGUAUCAAGGCGAGGACCUGUGCCCCAACGCCUGCCCCCUCUUCUCUGAACUGGACACUCUGGUCUCCCCGGCAUGA